CGCGCGCGAACGUGAGUGUUGCCACAUGAAUUAAAUAGAAAAAAAAAGAUGGCGCCGAGAUACGUUUUCGUUUUUUUAUUAUUAUUUUGUUAUGAAGCCCAAAGUGCAUCGAUUUUGGAGCAGGGCUAUGAAUAUUUCGUGAGUUUAGGGAAAAAUUUGGCACCGAAUUUGCUGUCUAUUUUAGAAUGUGUUGGCCAAAACGAGGCUUGGGAGUGUGCCCGAGAGAAAGCUGGGAAAAUGCUGGACGGCUUCGAAGAUGAAGUGGAGAAAGAGAGGAGGAGUUGGGAAGAGGAAGCUGAUGCUGAAAUCAGAACAUCAGGGCGUUCCAUUGAGGAGAUGCCUUCGAAGAUAGGCCGGGAGAUCACCGACUCUCUAGGUUCCCUGACCAAUAUCGUCGAGCGUGGUAUGGCCAGAGCGCUCGGCAAAAAACACCACGAAGGCGGCGGAAUCGACAGCAUCACAAUCUCCACCAGCGGAGACAUGAAAAAGACGAAGAAGAAGAAGACCAAACCUCCCAAGAUCCACUUAAUCCAUCCAGUGAUGAUGCCACUAAGGAAGGCUCCUAAAGAAGAGAAAGGUCGCAACUUUGGCUCUGGUGUUCAGUCCUGGGUGAUCGGAGAAAGGUCUUUGCCUGCCCAAGAGAAUGCGACUGAAGUUUCCAGAGGCCUGGUGACAGAUUUCUGGGCAAUGGGCCAGAAUGCUCUGGAUUCUCUCGCCGAGCAUGUUGUUGAGAAUGAGAAUCUAGAAAAUGGAAUUAAGGAUAGAAGUUCUGUCGAAGAACAAAGAGGCAAAAAGAAGAAGAAAAAGAAGGCUAUCCUCAAGCUGCUGAUUUUGGGUGCCGUCAUCAAAGCGAAAAUUGGAACUUUAUUACAAAUUCUUACUUACAAACUACAGAUAAAAUUCUUCAUAGUAGCAGUGCUGGGCUUGGCAAUCAACUUGGCAAGACUUUGGAUAGACCUGAAGAACAAACACAGUCAACAGCCGCAGAAGAUAAUAUACUAUGAGCAUGCUCAACACCAGCAUCACUAUGAUCACGAGGAAGAGGAGCACGGCGGCUGGGGACCCUGGUCCAGGAGUAUACUGCCUGAUGAGGAAAGCGAGGCCGAGGUUAGCGAAAUUUCUCCUUACAAGGCUCAAGAAAGAAGCCCACUGGUCUAUAGCCGUCCUUAUCUAUCGAGGGUGUAA